UGCAGACUACCAGUAUCAGCUGUUGCGGUGUAAUGUUGAUUUGUUGAAGAUCAUCCAGCUUGGCCUUACCUUCAUGAAUGAACAGGGUGAAUAUCCACCAGGAACUUCAACAUGGCAGUUUAACUUCAGAUUUAACCUCACUCAAUGACUUCCUGAUGUCUGGAACCCACAGACACCACCAGAUGCUGGGUUUCUUCCCUGGUAAUGCUCUGCCAGGCCUUUACUUCAGCCGCCUUCAAUUCUUGCUUGUUCUUGGGGCAUUUUGCCUUCAGCAGUUGAAAUACAUACACACUACCUUGCCUUUGAUUGCUUCGGCUCAUUGUCUAUCUGCGGUGUGAAGUGCCGUCUAAUGAGUCCUGAAUAUUUCAGAAUUCAUCUUGCUUUCAUCAACAGUAACAUUUUGUCAACAAUUGUGGUAGUAUGCUUUGGUUCAGGAGCAAUUCCUCCCUUCUCUAUACUUCUUUUUUUUCUCAUCAUUGAGGUGCAAGUUAAAGUUUCUCUCAUCUGUUCAUAGGAUGUUGUUCCAGAAGUAUUCAGGCUUUUUUUGUGUAACUUUUAGCAGACUCUAAUCUGGUCUUCCUCUUUUUGUUAAAUAUUUACUCUGGCGAAGUCUUCUCUUGAAUGUUGAUGAAUAUGCCUACAACAUGCCUGGAUGAUCUUCAUGCAAUCAGUUCUUAGGGAGGGUUUUUUUUUUUUUUUUAAUCACAGAAAAAAUGUUCUAUUAUCCAACCCAGUUGUUUUCCAUGGUCUUUCAGGCUUUAUGGUGUUCCUGGGCUUACCAGUGCAUUUUUUUUUUUCUUUUAAUGAUCAUACCAAAUCAUUGAUUUGGCCACAUGUAAUAUUGAUUUUUUUCAGUCUAAUGAUGGAGCAUUUCACUGACAUCAGAGCUGUCUCAGCACUUUGGACUUUAUAUUGAGAGUUAACAGAAACAGAGUUCAGAUCUAAAUACCAUAGUUAAAAUGAAGUCUAGAGCUUUAUCUACUUCAUUAAAUUAAUAAGGGAAUAAUACAGAUCUGGUUGUUUUGGAAGCAAGAAAAAUGGACAAACGUAAGGACCUGAUUGUCCUUGCUUGCCAAGUCUGAUCCCACAGGAGAGCUACUGUAGCACAAAUUGCUGAAAAAGUUAGUACAGGUUAUGAUAGAAAAGAUGUCUAAUGGCAGUGACCUCUGCUUGAUCUGCUGCUACAGGCCUUCAGAGGUCUUGUAGUGUGAAUGCCUCUAGAGAUUAGAGCUGUUAGGCAGGUGGUUAUUCUGAUUGCUUGUGCCAAGUAUGCAGUUGAAAAUAUUAAGAUUCUUGUGUGUUAAUUUUGUGGUAAAUAUGAUGAUAAUGCCUUGUGUCUGAAAACAAUUUCAGGGAAGAUAUGUAUGCACAAGAUUCAAUUGAGCUACUGACUACAUCAGGUAUCCAGUUCAAAAAGCAUGAAGAAGAAGGCAUUGAGACACUGUAUUUUGCAGAGCUCCUCAUGACUUCAGGUGUGGUGCUUUGUGAAGGUGUCAAGUGGUUGUCAUUUCAUAGUGGCUAUGACUUUGGAUACUUGAUCAAAAUCUUGUCCAAUUCCAAGCUGCCGGAGGAAGAAGUUGACUUCUUUGAGAUUCUUCGUUUAUUUUUCCCUAUUAUCUAUGAUGUGAAAUACCUCAUGAAGAGCUGUAAAAACCUGAAGGGUGGCCUGCAGGAAGUGGCUGAGCAGCUGGAACUGGAGAGGAUUGGGCCUCAGCAUCAGGCAGGCUCAGACUCCCUCCUCACAGGAAUGGCGUUCUUUAAGAUGAGAGAGAUGUUUUUUGAGGAUCAUAUUGAUGACGCUAAAUACUGUGGUCAUUUGUACGGAUUGGGCUCCGGUUCAUCCUACGUCCAGAAUGGCACCGGCAACGCCUAUGAAGAGGAGGCCAACAAGCAGCAGUCAUGACACAACAAGAGCCAGCUCACUAUAAAGAACUUCACCUGCAGGGCUUAAAACAUGGGUUUUUUAGUUUUUCAUGAGACGUUGAAUAGGAAUUUGCACUUUAAAGCUCUAAUGAGACUCUUGGUUUUAGAUGAAAAGCUAAAAAACUUCCUCCACUUUGUUGCCUUCUCUACGUUAACCUUUUCUCACAAAACAUUACUCUUUUAUCAUAAGAGACAAGGAAAAAAAUAUGGGUGUUUUAUUUUUCCCCUGCAAAGCUCAGCCUUAAGCUAUAUUUUAUGUUUUUUUUAUCAUUAAUUUAUUGCAUUCGUUCACAUGCUUUGUUGAGUAGCGCACAGACUAUUACAACAAAAACAGUAUGCCAGUUACCUACAUGUACAGUUGUUCCCUGAUCCAAGGAGUACCUGUUGAUAUCUCACAUCCUGCAAUAGCUUGAGACAGAUGGAGCGAGAGACAGUCACACACCGGAAGAUCCUGGCACUUAAUGGCACGAGUGAAGCCUUGCACUGAUUUUACUUUUUUUGUUGGGCUAACACAGGUUUUACCACAAAAUAGGAGAGUGAUGCAUAACUGCCACUAUUUAAUUGAACUGAGGUCACCUCUUCUGCAUUAAGACUGUCUUCAUUUCAUUUUAAAAAGUGACUUAAAGGGUUUUGUAGUAUUUUAGUAGAAAAUCAAAGCCUUUUAUUCAUUGUGCUUCUUAAAAAAAUCUUAACCAACUCAAGUACUCUGUCAGUGGAAUUAGAUUUACUUGUAGCACUGGUUUUUCAUUCAUGCGUGUUUUGUGCUGUUUGGGUUUUGUUUUGUGUUUACGACUCUGUUGUAGAUCAGCUGCAUGUACUGAUAGCGUUUGAAUAAAUGCUGUGUUCGAGUCAUGGUCUGAGCUUUUACAGAGGUGUGAACUGCAUGGACACUGCUUUUCUUCUGUUGAAUGUCACCUGGCUAAUUUUCUUCACUUGUGUAGAAUGUCCAUGUUAAGAAUAUGCAAUAACAAAGGUGACUGUUUUUAGAGCUUUUGUAAAUAAAGGCCUCAGAUUUUCUAUCA